UUUUUCUCCCUAUAUAUAUUCCUCAACCAACCUCUACUUACUCACCAAACACACCACACUUCACUCUUCUUCUUCCUCCUCCUUAACAAACCCUUCCUCUCCCCCUCUCUCUCUCUCCUCAGUUUCUCUCUCUAACCAUGUCUACCCACAUUGAUAACCUCUGGAUAUUCGCUUUAGCUUCCAAAUGCACACAAGAAAACAUUGUUUACUCUCUUUUGAUCAUGGCUUUACUCUGGCUAACCAUGAAUUUCUUUUACUGGUCUCACCCUGGUGGUCCUGCUUGGGGCAAGUACUAUUAUUCCAACAACAAAAACAAAAACAACCUUAAAUCCUCUCCUAUGUUCAUUCCUGGUCCUAACGGUUACCCUCUAAUUGGAAGCAUGAACCUUAUGUCUUCUUCACUCGCUCACCACCGUCUCGCUUCCGCCGCAAAAACAUGCAAAGCAACUAGACUCAUGGCUUUCAGUCUCGGCGACACACGUGCCAUAAUCACGUGUAUCCCUGAUGUAGCCAAAGAGAUUCUCCAUAGCUCCGUUUUCGCUGAUCGUCCUAUCAAAGAAUCAGCUUACUCUCUCAUGUUCAAUAGAGCCAUAGGUUUCGCACCCUACGGUGUUUACUGGCGAACCCUUCGAAAAAUCUCAACCAACCAUCUUUUCUCACCCAUGCAAAUCAAAUCAUCUGGACCGCAACGCACUGAAAUUGCGGCUCAGAUGAUUGAUUUGUUCAGGAACCGCGGGUUUGGUCCGGUUCGUGAUGUUUUGAAGAAAGCAUCGCUUAAUAGCAUGAUGUGCUCUGUUUUCGGACAGAGGUUUAAGAUUGAUGAAGUGAAUGAGAGAAUGAUGGAACUCAGUGGGUUGGUUGAACAAGGUUAUGAUUUGUUGGGUUCUCUUAAUUGGGGUGAUCAUCUUCCUUUUUUGAAAGAUUUUGAUGUUCAGAAAAUCCGGUUCAAUUGUUCUAAUUUAGUACCCAAAGUGAACCGGUUCGUUGGUUCAAUAAUCUCCGACCACCGAGCCGACAAAAACCAAACCAACAAGGAUUUCGUUCAUGUUCUGCUCUCUCUUCAAGAACCAGAUAAAUUGUCUGACUCCGACAUGAUCGCUGUUCUCUGGGAAAUGAUAUUUAGAGGGACCGACACGGUUGCGGUUUUGAUAGAGUGGAUAUUAGCGAGGAUGGUGCUUCAUCCUGACGUGCAGAGGAAGGUACAGGCUGAGCUUGACGCGGUGGCGAGUGGAGGUGCAUGUGGUGUUACGGAGGAGGACAUGGCGGAGACGGUGUAUUUGCAGGCGGUUAUAAAGGAGGUUUUAAGGUUGCAUCCACCAGGCCCACUACUAUCGUGGGCCCGACUGGCCAUCACCGAUACGACAAUUGAUGGGUAUCACGUGCCAGCGGGGACGACAGCUAUGGUAAACAUGUGGGCCAUAGCUAGGGACCCGGAAGUAUGGAGGGACCCACUUGAAUUUAAGCCCGAGAGGUUUAUGAAUGGAGAAGGUGCUGAGUUUUCGGUUCUCGGGUCGGAUCUAAGGUUGGCUCCGUUUGGGUCGGGUAGGAGAAGUUGCCCCGGGAAGAGUCUGGGUUUGGCAACUGUGACUUAUUGGGUGGCUAAGCUUUUGCAUGAGUUUGAAUGGAAGCCGUUGGAUGGAUUGGAUGAAGUGAACGGUGUGGAUUUAACGGAGGUGCUUAGGCUUUCUUGUGAAAUGGCGAAUCCUCUUGAUGUGAAAAUGGUCCCAAGGCGUUUAGUUAAGUUAAAUUAAAAAAAAAAGUGCUUUUUUUUUAAGUUUAAGGAGAAAAAAGAGAGGUGAAAAAUGGGAAGGUUAAGCAUGUGGAGGGGGCUUUGUGGCAGAAAAAUGAAUGAAUGGGAGCCACUGGUGAAUGUAGUGAAGUUUUAGUUAGAUUGAAUUUGGUCUUUCUCUUUAAUUAUAAUGGGUCAUUCAGGUUUUCUACUUUUUUGUCUUUUAGUAGUUUUUUUUUUUUUGUUUUUGUUUGAGAUUGUCAUGUUUCAUUUCAUGUCUAAGUUGUUAUAUUAUUAUGGUUGAUUAAUAGAAAUAUCUGUUGCCCA